AUGAGCCCGGCCUUCCUCCUCCUCCUCCUCCUCCUCCUGCCCGCCCGAGCCCGGCGGGAGCGGCUGCCCGGCGGGGCGCCGGCGGGACGCAGCGCCCCCGCUCCUUCCUCCUCCUCCUCCUCCUCCUCCUCCUCCUCCUCUUCCUCCUCCUGGGCCGCGGGGCCGAGCCGCUUCCCUCGGAGCCGCCCGGGGCGACGGCGGGGCCGGCUGUACUGCCGGGUGGGCAUCGGCUUCCACCUGCAGCUGCACCCCGACGGUCGGGUGGACGGCGCCCACGACGCCAGCCCGCUCAGUAUUUUGGAAAUAUUUGCUGUGUCUCAGGGGAUUGUAGGAAUACGAGGAGUUUUCAGCAACAAAUUUUUAGCGAUGUCAAAAAAAGGAAAACUCCAUGCAAGUGCGCGUUUCACAUCCGAGUGCCAGUUCCGGGAGCGCUUCCAGGAGAACAGCUACAACACCUACGCCUCGGCCGUGCACCGCGGCCGGCGCUCGGGCCGCGAGUGGUACGUGGCCCUCAACAAGCGGGGCAAGGCCAAGCGGGGCUGCAGCCCCCGUGCCCGCCCCCAGCACGUCUCCACGCACUUCUUGCCCCGUUUCCGACAGCCCCCCCCGCCGCAGCUGGCCUUCACCGUCACCCGGCCCGAGAAGAAGCCGCCGCCACCGCCUCCGCCACCACCACCAAAGAAAAUGGCGGCGGCCACCCCGCCGCGGCAGAGCCAUGGCCCUGUCAAGUACCGGCUGAAGUUUCGCUUCGGGUAGCUGUCCCACGAGGAGGCUGCGGGGGAUUUUUGGGGAGGAGCGGAGCCCGGUACCCCCCCUCAUUCCCAGAUGGGACGGAUGUGGGGACACUGCCGGUGGCUGAGGGAUGGAUCGGAGCGGGCGCUGCUGCCAUGGAUGGGGAGCGAGGCACAGGCGUUGCUCUGCUGCUGCUGAGGGAAGCCAUGAGGGGCCUCCGCCUCAGACAUGUUUUCUUGCACCGUUUUCGCUGGUGAUGCUGUCGACAAUCAUUUUCGUACAAGAGUUACGUCCAGAGCCAACCUCUCAAGUGCCAGAGGGUUUUCAAACUGUGUUGGCAAUAAUAUAUCUCUUUGUAAAGACUGUUAAGGGGAGGACGGCCAUUUGCAGACAUGCAGCCCCGUGGAUACACUGAUCAGAGUUUGUCUGCACACACCUGGAAGACGUUUAUGCUGAACCUGUGGGGAACCAUAAAACCUCUGCUCUCCUACCAG